AUGCUUCAAAUCUACUCAUUCUUUACCUUAGCCAUUUUGGUGGCUAAAGUUUUAGGUGAUGACCUAAAGCAAUCCCUUCACGGUACGUGGACUACCAAAUCAAACCAAGUCUUCACCGGCCCUGGCUUCUAUGACCCGGUAGAGGAGCUAUUGAAGGAGCCUUCCUUACCGGGGCUAUCAUAUUCAUUUACAGAAGAUGGUCAUUUUGAGGAAGCUGUCUAUCAAGUUAAAUCAAACCCCAGGGAUCCCAAAUGCCCUAUUGCAGUUUUGAUCUACCAGCAUGGUACUUACGACCUCCAAGACAAUGGUACACUGACAUUAAACCCAAUAAAAGUUGAUGGUAGACAGCUGCUCAGCGACCCAUGCAAUGACAAUGGUACUUCGACUUAUUCUCGCUACAAUCAGACGGAAGUAUUCAAAUGGUUUCUUGUUCAAGUGAACGACUAUCAUGGCGUUUACGAGCUUCAAUUAUAUGAAGCCGAUGGAUCCCCUAUGACGCCUAUGUACCUUGCCUACAGACCGCCCUCGAUGUUGCCCACGGAAACCUUGAAUCCAACGGAGUCUGCGAGUAGCUCAAACAAAAAAAGGUCAUUGAGAAGCCUAGUGAGACGGGGACUAGAAAACAGACACAGGACAAAUGCUGUGAAGCGCAAUGACUCCUUUGUGAAUAGCAAGUACUUCAAAUGGGCGUCGUUAGGACUUGUGGGUGCCGGUUCUUUUAUUUUUUUGGUCACAUAA